CAGCAACAGGCCGCAAAUUGGCGCCAUGAGGGCUUUGGCUGUUGUGGGCAUCCUGAGUCCUGGCUUGAUGGAUGGCAAGCGACGCAAGAAACUGGUGCGGUGUGAGGAUCUUUCGGCUCUCUAUAGGCAAAGUGGAGACGAUCCAAACCAGGUCUUAGAAUGGCACAAGAAAGGUGGUGGCUAUCUCCACCCAAGUUUGCGCGCAACGCAGUUGCCGGGAAGGGGCUGGGCCUUGUGCCUGCAACCAGGGGCGCCCCUGGUCCCUGCUGGCACGGUGCUGGUGCGAAGCCCUCCGCAGCUGCUUUGGGUGGCACAUGAGUCCGAAUCCUUGGAGGUUGCAGAGCCAUUGGCGCCAGGAGAGAGUUUGCCCAAAGCUUCAGCGGCCUUGCGGCGACGGCUGGUGGAAGCUUUAAAGGCACCAGUCCCUGAUCCCUUCGUCCAAUCCAUGCAUCCACCCGACAGCCUGCCCUUGCGCUUGGUUGCUGGCUCGGUGUCAUCGGAGCCAUCUGAAGAUGCCAAGGAGCUGUUGAAAGGAACCUCCAUUUUGAACCACACCUUGUCCUUGAGAUCCAAACUGCUGAAGGCAGUGAAACCUGAACUGGAGCUUGCCAAAGAUAAGCAAGCCACUUGGGAGGCGUGCGUAUGGGCACAAGCCGUCAUCAUGAGCCGAGCUUUUCACGUCCCCAAAGACAGCGAUCGACUUCUCUUGAUACCCAUUGUAGACAUUGCAAACCAUGCGCCAACCUACGCGCUGGCAAAUGCCGAGUUCUCUGACAACAAAGACGGUAGCAUGUCCAUGAUUGCCAGCCGUGACAUUACUUCAGAGGAGGAAGUGUGUGUAUGCUAUGGUGAGCACAACAAUGAGCAACUGCUAUUUUGCUAUGGUUUCGUGAUUCCAGAGAAUCCAUGUCAAGGAAUGCUUUGCCCACUGCCAUUCCCUGAUACACCGGCCCGGGCCGAACUUUUGCACUACACCUUGGCCGAUCUGCGUCGAAGACACGGGCGCAACCCAUCGGCGAAGGCUGGACCUACCCUGAGGCGGCCCAGCAAAGCUGAGCCAGGUAGCUCUGAACUUCUUUUGGCGCUGAAGAUUUUUGACAUCUCCGAGGAGAAGGCCAAAGACUUGCUUUCCCUUGGCAGUGCUGAGAGGGUAACAGCUUUGGAAGCGAACUGUCAAGAAUGGGUCAUGGCCCUGAACUUCCUGGAGGCUUGGCGCGCUGAGAUCCCUUGGAGACGCCCAGCGGAGCCUAGCUCCGGGGCCUCCGGGGCGGCUGCGCAGCUGCAGCAGGAAGCGGAAGAUCUCAUUGAAGCUGCCAUGAAGGAGAUCGCUGCACAGUUACCUUUGCCCCUAUAUUUGAGAUUUUACUGCUUCACCCACCAGUGGAACACUCUCUUGCGAUUCCUCAGGUGAAAA